GGUGCACUCAAAGUCAAUGAUUCCAGAUAACUGCUCAUUUAAAACACUGUCCAGGGAGGGAACAGAUCAUGAUUGCUACAGCCCUGUUUUCAGCCUGUAUACUAGCCUGCUUUUGUGUUCAUAGCAACGAAAGGUGGCAGGAGUUCAACCAGCCUCAAAAUGAAGUGAAGGAGAAUCUAAAGGAGUUCCCUGCGACCACAAUACACCCUGUCUUUCACUGCCCAGACAUGAGCCCCUCUCCCACGGUUCCCACCUCAGUGGAGUUGGUGAAAGCUGCAGAUAUCAAAGUUAUAGCAGCUUUGGGGGACUCUCUAACGACAGCUAUUGCUGCCAAUGGCUCCACCAUUCUGUCAGUCCCUGUUGAAUAUCGGCAUGUUUCAUGGAGUAUUGGAGGUUAUGGAACUUAUCAAGAUGUCAUCACACUUGCAAACAUUUUCAAGCUGUUUAACCCCGAGCUGCUGGGUCCGGCUCCACGGUGGACGCUCCAUGGCUUCCCUACUAGCAUCAAUGAGACAGGAUUCAACUUUGCUGUGACAGGACACAACUCUCUGAAUGUCUCUGACCAGACCAGACAUAUGAUCGACACGUUUAGGUCCUACCCAGGUCUGAACUACAAAGAAGAUUGGAAGCUGGUGACAGUCCUUAUUGGAAUGAAUGACAUCUGUGAUUAUUGUAAAAACAAAACUCUCUUCUCAGCGGACAACUUCAUCUACUACAUGACAGAGAUGCUUGACACAAUGAUGAAUGAGGUCCCUAGGAUGAUAGUGAACAUCGUUCAGAUCCUUCCCAUGGAGACUCUCAGAGAAGUUCAGAGGCCCUCCAUCGGCUGUGAGCUCCAAAAGAGGUUCUGCUCCUGCUUGGUGUUACCAGAGGAUAACUCUACUGACCUGAAGGAACUUAUAGAACUCAACUUUGAAUUUCAGUGGAGGCUGGAGAAGCUUCUGGAAAGCGAUCGCUUCUUCAAAGAGGACUUUGCUGUGGUUCUGCAGCCCUAUCUUCAAAACGCCCAGCCACCAAGACUGCCUGAUGGAAAAAUAGAUCUCAGCUUUUUCACCGCAGACUGUUUCCACUUCAGAGUGAAGGGCCACGAGGAGCUGGCCAAGGGUUUAUGGAACAACAUGUUCCAACCGGAGGGACAAAAAGAGUUGGUGUACACAUUCUCAAACCCUGUCAAACUCAUCUGCCCAACCAAGGACCAUCCUUACAUCUACACAAGACCCAGAGGUGUGUCUGCAGGACCACCACUGACCCUCCACAUGCACAUGGUCAUCUCCCUUCUACUCCUUACAAUGUCUGCAAUCUACUAAUCUACAUGACUGUUUCCAAUGGGCUGAUAAUCUACAUGACUGUUUCCAAUGGGCUGAUAAUCUACAUGACUGUUUCCAAUGGGCUGAUAAUCCACAUGACUGUUUCCAAUGGGAACAAAGUGAGACAGGGAACAAAGUGAGGAGCAGACAGAUAUAGAGGGGUAAUCAGAGGGGUAAUCAACAAAGUAAUGGAGUCCAAUAUUGCGCAGCUGCGCAUAAUGAUGGUGACAGGUGUGUAUAAUGAAGGGCAGCCUGGCGUCCUUGAGCGCCAGAGAGAGGGAGCGGGAGCAAGCGUGACACAGAUCAGCUUUGCAAUAAAUAACUUCAGCCAGACCCCCUUUCACUCGCAGAGGGGAACUGGUGGGGGGUUGACAGCUCACACCCUGUUGUAAAUCAAAGACAAGAACAUUCAACUAUCUCCCUCUUCAAAUUCACCAAAGGAAUGGAAUGUGCCUUUGUCUACACAGACAUUUUCCCGCCAUUUUCCGUUCUAAAGCGAAUACUGGAACAUUAUUUCUAACAGAGAACGUGGGGUCGGAGGCGAUCUAAAGAAUAAUAAUGUGAUUUGGUUGUUAUUUUGUGAUGUCAUUAAAAAUAUUAUAGAGGAAAUACUGUAAAUUGAAAAGUAUACACAGUACAUGUAUGAAGUUUCCAUCCUCUAUGUUGUGUACUAAAUAUGAACAAUUAUGAAAGUGUUUUUGCUAAGAGAGGGAUGUGACUGGUAGUGUAUUGUAGCCCUGUGCAUGGACAAAAUACAAAAUUAGGCCUUACUGUUGAAUUCAGUCUACAUUAAUGAAGUAGAAAAUUACGUUAUACACCAAUAGAGCUGUAGGCAGGAUUAUCGUUGAGACUAUGUCUGUGUGUUUCCUUUUGACCCAGAUAGCAGGGAAAGAUUGACUCCGGUGUUGUAUACCUGACAAAGGGUCAGAGUGUGUAGGAUGAAUUAUUACGUUUCCAGAGCUAGUGCAUGAGAAAAUAUAUUUGUCAAGUAGUCUCAGCGAGUAUUAAUUUCUAGAGCUAGGACAAAAGGGUCAGCCGAUUAAGGACAUUUGAGAAAUAUAUUUGUUUGGCCAAAGCGAAGUAUUAUCUCUCUGUCUAUCUCGCUUCAGGAGCGUGAGUAACUUAGACAUGGCAAGUAUUUCUUUGUUACUGAGUGUUCUGGUAACGUUGCUAACAAGAAACGCUGAUUGGGUUGAGUGUGAGGCGUUGUUAGUCAACCCCAUUCCCAAAUUGACCUUUUUGUGCUUGAAGUAAACAUUCUGGUACAAGAACGGCUAGCUUUGCAUUAGAGGCUAAGCUAACAAAGAGAGAGAAGCCAUUCUCCUUUGUUUACAGCGAAAUCCCGCACCUUGUGCGACAGAAGUCCUGCCUUUGCUGGAAUCCCGUGUGAUUUCAGCUUUCAGGGGUAAGGGACCCCUUGUGGUGAAGUAAUUAUUUUUGGAGAAAAAAAUCUAUUGUGAGGGCAAAUGUAUUCUCACAUCGGUAACAACUGGUUACACUACAUAAUAUCCAACGAAUCUCAACUGAUUGGAUAUCAUUGUCUCGUUCGAUUCAACAAGGAAAUUUAAAUUGCCAAACAAACCUUUUACCAGGUUGAUCACUCAUAAGUUAAUUUGUUCCUACGAAUGAGACAUUUUAAACUUGUCAAUCUUAACUUAGAUACAGCGACGCUUCCAGGUUAAUUAAAGUUGAAUUCCCUGAGAGCCUAUACGGGUAUGAUUAAUCAUGAACAUUACAUUGGUAAGAAGUGUUGACAAGCUGAAUGCACCAAGCUGUCUGCACUGGGCACCCAUGCAUACCCCACAAGACAUUCCACCAGAGGUCUCGUCACAGUCUCCAAGUCCAGAACAGACUAUGGGAGGCACGCCCAAUUUUUCAGUUUUUGAAUUGUUAAAAAAGUUUGAAAUAUCCAAUAAAUGUCGUUCCACUUCA